AUGGAUAGAUUUUAUCUGAAUAUAUUAGAAAAAUAUACGGAUGAAUCGCCUAUAGAGGAUUUACAUUAUCGUUCUUAUUUACCGUUUUCAACUACAGUACUAUCAAACGGUGAUCAAAUACGAAUAGCCGUACAAAAUACCGAUGCAUACACUCUAUUUUGUGAAAGCUUUAUAUACAUUGAAGGUGAAGUAAAAGUUAAAUCAGAGACUGUGGGUAAAAUAGGUAUUGCGAACAAUGGAUUAGCUUUUUUAUUUGAUACAAUAUCUUACGAAAUAAAUGGAGUAGAAGUUCAAAAAGUUAAAGAUCCAGGAACAACGAGUUUAAUGAAAGAUUAUUGCUCUUAUUCAUUGAAUUAUAUAAAUAGUCUUCAGAACGCUUUUUGGGAUCCAAACUCAACGUUCAACGAUUAUUCUAGUACGGACUUUAAAUUUUCGGGAUGUAUUCCAUUGACACACUUAUUCGGAUUUGCCGAAGACUAUAGGAAAAGAUUAAUUCAAACUAAUCAUUAG